GUCAUUAAUAAUUUAUUUUUCAUACAAUUUUUACACUUCCAAAAUUUCAUCAAAAGUAUGCAAAAUACAUGUACAUUUACAAGUAUCUAAUAAUAAUUGGUGGAUUUACUAUUAUGGACUAAAAUUCUACUGCAUUGUGGUGGGUCCAUAAAGUCCCUUGCACUGCAUAUAUGGGGUGUCCAUAAAGUCACUUUCCACUUUACAUAUACUUUGUAUUGUAAUUGUAAUUGUAAGGAGACUUUAUGGAUACCCUGUAUAUCUCAUCCAAAUGCAGUACUUCAAUGAACCGUACCACAAAACAUGCAAAAGCAAUAGCAAAACUACAAAUCACAUCACAGUCAUUACAAUACACUAAAAAACAUGAACAGAAAGUAUUUGUGCUUAUAUCAAGACUACCAAAUGUAGAAUCCAAUAUUGAAUGGGUUGGUGUCCAAAUGUUUAAUCCCAUAUUAACACAUAAAAUAUGGGAUUUUACAUUUGGACACCAGUCCAUACAAUAUAGGAUUCUACAUUUGGACACAUACUUGACAAGUAUGUAUAUAUUAAAAAAUUAAAGUAAUAAAAAAAUAAAAAUCAGCAUAUUUUUUCAAAAUAUUAGAAGUCUGGAUUUUUUGAGGAAAAAUCAGGGUGAAAAUCAGAAUUUGAG